AUGGCGACAUCAGAGAUUGCCGCGGAAAGGGUAAAGUUGGCGAGGAAAAAGAUUUCUCCUGAAGAAAUCAAACGAAGACAAAAAUGCAGGUCCCAGUUGCGAAGGCUUAAGCAAGUUUUCAUUGGUGAUGAAAUAGAGAGAUGGAAUAUUGUCAAAGAAGACAAUUUGCUUAAGAAUAACAAGGAAGUAGCCCGGCUGUUGCUCAACAUUUACGAAGCGUACCAGGCGUUUUCGCAUCCUAACACCAGCAGUAACACACAGUACCAGAAUUGCGAAUUUCCAUCCACUAGUGUUGCUGAGGUCAAAGAUGAACCUGUCAUCAACAUCAACAACGACGACAACAACGACAGCUACCCAUCGGUCGAACCCUUGAGUCACAAUGCUGUGAUGUGUGUACAAUCCGAGGACUAUGAUAAGGAGUCUGACAUCCACUCCGAUGUUACGGACCUUAGUUCCGAUUCCUUCGACAGCUACGAAUCGUUGGAUGAACUGUAUGUGACAUUCAAGGAUGUUUCAUCGUCUGAAGAUACAGCUUCGAAAAAGAAAAAGAAACGAAAACCGAUUAAUACUGAAAAUGACUGUCCAUCAGAAUAUGUUCAAGAUAUUGGAAAUAACGAUUUGUCGUCAGUUCAAGAAAAGAAACAGAAAAAGAAACACAAAAAAUAUGAUUGUGAUAAAAUCUGGAUACCAUCUGGAUACGAAGUUGAUGUUGAUGAUGAUUAUGUUACUGAUAAUAUUGGAAUUCGUAGUUUCUCCUCUGUUAAUAGAGCUGCUAACCGAAAUGUUGGUAUUAAGAUUUCAAAACCCACUACAAAGAAAGCAUCCAAUAACCAGUAUGUCUGCACAUCUUGUCCUGAAAUUUGUUCUAGUGUCGCAGAAGCAGACGAGCACAUUUUGAGUCAUUACAUCGCGUGUGAAGAAUGUGGGAAGCAGUAUUGUUCAGUCAGUCUUCUAAGGUCUCAUCUGAGAAAAUGUCACGUGCCCAUUUCGUUUACCUGUCUAGUUUCUGGCUGUGAAUAUACGACAGAAACUAAGACAUCAAUCUUCAAACACAUUCAGAUAGGUCACUCGAAGGAAGUGUCUUUGGAAUGUGCACUGUGUUCAGCUACCUCGAGAUCGGCUUAUCUAUUUACAAAACACAUCAAGUUCGAUCAUUACAUGCAUAUCGCGCCUGAGUCCUUGGGCACGAGUACACUCUGUGACGUUUGUGGGACAUGUUAUCCGGGACCGGAAGAGUUGAAAGAUCACAUUCAGAGCAUCCAUGGUGCACGAAAACGGCUUGGCAUUUGUGACAUCUGCGGCGAAGUGUUUGCGAAUAAAAAGCUGAGGGCACAUAAGAGGAGUAAGCACACGGAGAAGACGAUGCCCUGUACAUUUGAGGGCUGCCAUGUGAUGUUCAGUUCACAAUAUCUGAGAAAAACGCAUUUCAAAGAAGUUCAUCUGGGCAUCAAAGCGCACAGGUGUCCGUACGAAGGCUGCUCUUAUGGGGAUCACUCCAAGUCGAGAUUAGCGACGCACAUUGACAUGGUGCACCUGAAAGUUCGAAAAGUUCCCUGCACGUGGCCGGGUUGUGACAAGACGUUCUUUGACAAGAGCCAUCUUAGAGUGCACAUGCGCAUUCACUUCGAUGAAAGACCACUGGCCUGUGAGCUCUGUGACUACACGUGCAGGCAGCGUACGGCGUUGAACUGGCACUUGAAGAAAAAACACAACUCCGAAGACGUCGGCAUGGACUUUUGUGAAAAUUCUGUUUGUGGAGGUUCUGAGAGAGUGAGAACUGAUGUCAUGGAAUCUAGUGACCUGCCUGUUGGUAUCCCAGCAGUUUCGCAUGCCAAAAAGCCUGGACGAAAAGGAAAGAAAGCAAAGAACCAAACGUUCGACUAGCUGGACUGUAAAAGACAAAAAAAGUAAAGAACCAAACAUUAAACUAGUUGGAGACAAAUAGAAAGUAAGGAGCCAAACGUUAAACUAGAGAAGAGAAAGCAAAGAACCAAACGUUAAACUAGAGAAGAGAAAGCAAAAAACCAAACGUUAAACUAGAGAAGACAAAGCAAAGAACCAAACGUUAAACUAGAGAAGAGAUAGCAAAGAACCAAAUGUUAAACUACACAAUGUAGUUAUAGAGAAGAGAAAGUAAAGAACCCAACGUUCAACCAGAGAAUAGAAAGCAAAGAACCCAACGUUAAACCAGAGAAGAGAAAACAAAUAACCAAACGUUAACUCAGAGAAGAGAAAGCAAAGAACCCAACGUUAAACUAGUUACAGAGAAGAGAAAGCAAAGAACCCAACGUUAAAACAGAGAAGAGAAAACAAAGAACCAAACGUUAAACCAGAGAAGAGAAAGCAAAGAACCGAAAGUUAAACCAGAGAAGAGAUAGCAAAGAACCGAACGUUAAACCGGAGAAGAGAAAACAAUGAACCAAAAGUUAAACCAGAGAAGAGAUACCAAAGAACCGAACGUUAAACCAGAGAAGAGAAAGCAAAUAACCAAACGUUAAAUCAGAGAAGAGAAAGCAAAGAACCGAACGUUAAACCGGAGAAGAGAAAACAAAGAACCAAAAGUUAAACCAGAGAAGAGAUAGCAAAGAACCGAACGUUAAACCAGAGAAGAGAAAGCAAAUAACCAAACGUUAAAUCAGAGAAGAGAAAGCAAAGAACCGAACGUUAAACCGGAGAAGAGAAAACAAAGAACCAAAAGUUAAACCAGAGAAGAGAUAGCAAAGAACCGAACGUUAAACCGGAGAAGAGAAAACAAAGAACCAAAAGUUAAAUCAGAGAAGAGAUAGCAAAGAACCGAACGU